CAAGACGUCAUGCUAGUUGUUUUGGCGGGAUGCGGGUGUGACGCAAACAUUUUCCAGACAUGGGUCAGCUGUCAGAAGUUAGCAGAAGUUAGUUAUGAACACAGCAACCGGAGAGAGGAAACGGCCACCCCCCGUUAAAGUGUUGUCCGGUCAGCUGAGGACGGCGAAAGAGAACCGGGGGAAAGCCGACAGCGGGGAUGGAUGGAGUGUCAAGCUGGGUAAGGGUCGCUCUCUUGCGGUCUCACUGGUGUGGAUGCAGGGGACGGUGGUCGAGGUCCAGAUAGACAGAAACACCGUCCUGCUGAUGGACGAGACGGGAACGUUUGGUGUUCAAGGCGUCAACAGCAUCCCAAAAGGAAAACCAUGUUUGUCCCAAGGCAAAUAUGUCAUGGUGAUGGGCGUCAUCCUGGCCGUCUCCCCGGAGCCAGUCAUCCGUGCCGUUAAGAUGGCAGACCUCUCGGAGCUCGCCGCACUUCACAGACGGAUGUGGAAGCUGGAGGUGGAGGAGCUACAGCAGCUGUUGGCGUGAAUGCAGAGAGAACAACGUGCUGCUGUGGAGCGUGCGUGUGUGUGCGUGUGUGUGUGGUACAAAAAACCUCACGGACUGAACUGGGGAAGGAUCUUUAGUGGGAGUUAUGAUGCAAACGUAACACUCUAUUAUAUUAAAGUAUUUAUACUAUGAUGUUGACAUUUGAAAAGCAGAUGUUUCCCUCUUGGCUCCAACCUUAAAGACUCAUUUAGAUUUAAAGAGAGGAGCUGUAGGGUUCAAUGCUGGAGUUAUUGCUGUGAUGGUUUACUUUGGAGCACAUGUGAGGCUGAAGUGAACUUCCUCUAAAAAUGACUGACCAAUGGUUAUCCAGCUGGAGGAGCGGUUUCCUGUUUAAUAUAUUUACCGAUGCUUGGGGAGAAAAGUAACACAGAGGAGAAUCUUGUUUCUUGAACAUAUCUUUAAGAAUGACUACUGAGAUUAUCAAAAGUUCAAAAAUGUAGAAAUCAAUUUGAGAUGAAACAAGCGGUUCAACAAGAAUGUGUGUGAAUGGGAUUAGUUAUUGACAUUUUUUUAUUCAUUUGUAAAUCAGUUCAUGAGAUGUUCAAACCUUCAAUGUUGAAUUAGAAUGGAAACAGUUUCAGUCUUUGAACAUUUGUGAACUUUUUUUUCCCGAUACUGCACGUAUUCUACCGCACAGGUUCUAAUCAUCACUGAAGCGUCUCCAUUUCAUUGUUCUUCUUACUCAACACAUUUCAGAGGAAAAUAUUAAUAAAGUAAGUUGUCAAAAAUCUUGA